UAAUGGCCCUGAAAGUCAUGGUGAUAGACAAAGUUAAGGUCAUACUUGGACGUAAAAUUUCCGGCUUUUUCCAAUUCCGGUGUAAACCGGCAAAGGUCCAUUUGAAAAUAUUCGUUUGACCGUGAAAGCCGUGGUCAAGGUCAUUCAUUUUGUUCCUCGAAACCCUACAACUUUUGUUUGAUUUUUUUUUCUGGGAAGCAUAGCUUUCGAAAUAUUUGUGAGAUUAUAAUGGCACACCCUACACAAGAAAAUUCUUGCGUCUGUGAUCUCAACAACGAUUCAUCUUUUGUUGAACAUAUAUUUAGAUUCCAAAUCCGGUAUCAGUUUGACAAUAGAAUGAAUGGGACCCAAGAUAGCUGAUUUUUGAGUUGUACGAUUAAAACAAUUAUUGCUUUUUUAACUAAACAGAUGACAAUCUGCUGAAGAGAUUUCUGCAAUGCAGCAAAAACAGCAUAGAAAAAUCAAAGAACCUGAUGGAGCUGUUCUAUACAGUACGCUCAUAAGCACCAGAGAUAUUCUCAAACAGGGAUCCUAAGCAACCUGAACUUCAAAUGAUAUUUGAGAAUAUCGAUUUUCUGCCACUGCCUACGUUGACUGAGGAUAACUGCAAGGUUUUCUUAUACCGGAUUUUGACUAGUGACGUGGAUAAGUACGACUUUGUGAAUGGGGUAAAAGCUUUCUUUAUUUUUGCUGAUGUACGAAUGGUCUCCGAGAAUGAAAUUCCGGAAGGUGAAAUACCAAUAUUCGAUAUGAAAAAUUUCACACUGAGGCAUCUUACAAAAAUCGUACUCCCUGUUCUUAAAAAGUAUAUGAUCUAUACACAGGAGGCUCAUCCAAUCAGACUACGUGCUAUCCACCUAUUAAACACUCCCCCCUUCCUAGACAAAUGUAUGGCUUUUGUAAGGCCAUUUUUGAAAGCAGAAGUAGCAGAAAUGCUACACUGUCAUUUGCCAGAUUCUGAAACCCUGUAUCAGUAUGUGCCUCGGAAGUGUCUCCCUGUGGAAUAUGGAGGCGAAUCUGGACUUACGUGUGAGGAUAUUAAGAAGGAAUGGAUGGAUAAGGUCAUGAAAUAUAGGGACUAUCUCAUAGAUGAGUCGAGAUGGGCUGUGGAUGAAAACAAAAGAACAGGAGACAAAAGACAAACAGGCAUGGAAGGAUCUUUUAGAACGCUUAGUAUUGAUUGAAAAAAUGAUCACUUUCACGUUGUUUGUUAUUAUAUGUAUACAAAAAAUAAUUACAUAGCAAAUGGUGAAAGCUGCAAUGACAGUUUUGUAUUCAGGGGUUCCUAAUUCCAUGAUAAUAUUUAAGAAUGCGAUUUUUGUGUCCAUUUUAAGGAGCUUCAAAUGAAAUUUUCUGCUUAUAUUGGAGCACAAAAAUCGCCCCCUCAAAUAUUGAGAUUCGAUUAGGAAACACCCUGUAUAGAGCUAUGUUCCUAGUCGAUUUAUAAAGGAGAUUCUGCAAAACUAUAUCAGUGUUUUAUAUUAUAAAAAAUUAAAAUGAAUUUACAUAAUUUUAUAAAUA